AUGGCUGCUACCAAACAGCCUUGGCGCUGCAGCAUCUGUCACAAGAUGGCCAAAGCUUCGAUGCCUCGUUGUGCAUGGUGUGGCAAAACUUGGCAGGAAGUCAUGGAUUACACGUAUCAGCCGGGCAAUGCUCAGGCACCGCCUUCCUCCUCUGGUGCGGCAUCAUGGAAUCAGGGUGGAUAUGGCAAUGCUCAUGGCCGCAAAGCGACUCCGAGACGGAAAUCCCGCAGGAGAAGCCACAAUGGUGGUCAGCAAUCUCAAGGUGGUCAACAAGGUGCUCCUGUUGGUGCUGCCCAGUAUUAUCCGCCGGGCAAUUGGGCGCCCAAUAUGAACACUGGCCCCUAUGCGCAGUUCCCGAUGGCUCAGCCGCCUGCAGCGCCUCCACAGCAGUUUGCCCCACCACCUCCGCCGCCAUUGCCGCAGGGGCCUGUCCCUGCGCCGGACCAAUUCUGGACGCAGCAGAUGCAGCAAAUGCCAGUUCUCAACUCUGUGCCUACGACUGGUCCGACUACACCUCAAUCCCCGGCCGAGGUGCACCUGCAGAACAUUUUGGGAGCCCUGCGACAAUCCGAGGAGACAUGGACCCCGGAGAUCCAACAGGCGGUCCAAAAAGUGGAUCAUUCCAAUCUCCAGCUCAAUCUGGGGCAGGUACACGCCAGUGUCUUCGAGAUUGGGCGUGCCAAGACAGAGGUAGCCGAAGCAGAAGCUGCACGUCUGCGGCUAGUCACGUCCUGGCGGACUUUCCUCCAAUACAGUGUCUCCCGAUGGAAGGAAUAUGCGGGUUUGUUCCAAUCCCAGGAGGCAACUAUUCAGAAUCAGAUCUCGGCCGCCAAAGCCCAAUUGGCUCAGGCACAGCGUCAAUUUGGCAAGACGUCCGAAGUGGUUCGAGAUGGAGCAGUUCAGAUCUCCGACGAAGAGGAAGGCAACAGUCCGGAGCUCAAACAGGCCAAGGACGAAGAGAUGCGAUCCGAGGCUUCACACAAGAUCGCAGCCGGGUUAACACAGGUUGUCAACUCACUGCAGGAGCUCUCAGAUCAAGCAGAAGCAGAAGAACGCAAGGCGAAGCGUCAUCGCGGCUCUGGAGAAUCACCACCUGGCGACACGCCGGCACCUUCGUCCACGCCUGCGUACACACACCUUGGGCCGCCAGGCGCUAGCGCCAUUGCUGCCUUUGGAAGCUCAUGGGCACAUUCGGCAUGUGACAAAGUUGAUUUCCUCUCUCCUUGGCAAGCACUUCAAGAUGCAGAAGAUUUGGCGAUUGAUGUGGGUUCCAAUUACGCCUUCAGAAUUGAGAAGUCUGUGCUGUCUAGACCGAAGCGUCGACAUUUCCAGCUCUCUUUUUCUGAGAUGAUCGAGAUCUGCCUUAUUGCUGAUGCCACCAUGCCAUUGACCAGUUUCACUAUGCCACAGACAGCCUUUGAGGUUUGGAAUAGCAAGCCGUGGUCGUUGAACCUUUCACACCAGCUGUCUCAAUCCCAUAGCAGGACCGUUUCCUGCGAUGUUCAAGACGUUCCGGUCUCCUUCAUGCAAAUUUCUCAAGUUAGACAUGAAUUGCCUCCCCCGAAUUGGAUUCGAGUUCCCAGUCAUCCUUUUCAGACUGUUGAUGGAGGCGCCCGCAUACCCGUUGCAGCAAUGGAGGAUCGUGAUGCACCCAUUGAUGAGGUUGACACUGGGUCGCAGGUGGGUGCGUCCUCUUCGUCCUCCCACACCAUGCGAGCUGUCUAUUUGCAUCAUUUGGAAGAUCCAGUCGUUUUUGGCCGCAUUGACUGGACUGAUUAUGAUUGCAUGAUGGCAGAUGCUGCAAGACUCAUGAAUGUGGAGGUUGACGACAUUGUUGCACUUUAUGAGAUCAAUGAGUUCCUCAGAGCCGUCAAUGCAAUGAGCACCGCCGCAGAAAAUUUGCCAGAAUUCCAAGAAGAUGCUUUUGAUCUGGAAGCUUUAGCUCCUUGGACAAGAGAGUUGUAUGAGCACUGGAAUCGACUGGCCACCAUCGGACCUGGAGCGGUAGAGAGACUCGGUCGUCUAGAAACCUGGUUUACAGAUCAUCUCAGCUACCAGAGGUGUCACCACACUCGCAUCGCCAUCCUCGGCCCGGACGCUCAACGCUGGGAGGAGCAGAUCAUGCACCUAUGGCGGCAGCAUAUUCUCCUGGGUGCACCGAUCGAGUUUCACAUCGUGCACCCCUUGCCGGAAGACGCAUCCGGCCAGAUCAUUGGCCAACUCAUUGUGGUGCAACGCCCACAACGGUUCCAACGCUCUAUUGUGCUGUCCAUUUAUGAUAGCGAGUACGACCGCGGCCUUGCACAUUCAUUGGCGAUGGUGAUGAGCGAUCGCAUCGACCUCCUGUCGGUGAUGAUCAUGGCGGAACUGACUGAGGAGUGUCCCCCGGAGGCGCCCCGCAAUGACUGUUCUCUCUGGUUCGGGGCUCGGCAGUUUGCUCCCAAUGAACGUGCCUAUGCACGACAUGGUCACGCAUUUCGGCUUGUGCUGAAUCGUGCUCGAGGGCCACCACCUCCAAGGCCUGUGGUCACCAAUCUGGCACAACGUCAGGCGCAACUGUCUCAUAAUUCGGCUCUUCCGCCAUUCUUGGGAGCAGAGGAUACAGCACCUACCUGGCUGGUGGCAAUGUCACGAGCCUUUCCUGACGGCGCUGCAGUGGAACGAGAAGAUGAAGGGCCAGUUGCAUAUCUCACCACUUGGUUCCUUCAUUUUGCCCUUCGGCCUAGCUGUGUACAGAACAGAGUUGUGCGUCUCAGAGACCAACCUUGGAUGUGGCAUCGAACAUUGAUUGAACGAUGGGGAGAUCACUUUGAUAGUACACUUCCCGUUCAAUUCUUUUGGGUUGCACCUAUGCCUCCUUCCUCAUUGACGCAGCACACCCUUGGCCAUAUGCUGAUUGUGCAGGGACUUCCAGAGGACCAAGUUGCCGCGUUGCUCACCACACGUGUGCGUGAUGACGAAGGCCAAGCCUUGCACCAUGUUGCUACAUUCUUGCCCACCUACGUCUCGGCAGAAAUGGUCGUUGACAUUUUGGCGCUUCCAGGGCCUCUGCGGCGUUUUCCUCGCAGAGUAGGAUUUGGACAAGAGUACUUUGCUCCAUAUGCCACACAGCAGAUCCACUCUGGAAGCUCACUUGUCUUGGAUGUUUUAGGCAGCCAACGGUUUGUUCAACCUACUACAUCUUCAACUGACGAGGCACUCAACUUGAUUCAGACCAUGGUUCGCCGCAUCCCGGCAACUCAUUCGGAAGCAGCUCCUCCCAUUGAAGUGGCUACAGCUGAGCCUGCAGUACCUCUGACCGAACCUGCCGAGGCUUUUCAGCCAAGGGUUACGUUGAACCUGACUGCUUGCUUGGCCGACAACUUCGUGUACAAAGAAGAGCAGCAUUCAUUUCCUGAAGUGGCUUACAUGCAAGUCCCAAAUUGGCCUACCUUUUUUGCCAGAGUUUUGCCCUCUCCGACCUUCAUACCAGAGGGCCUCAAGUUGCACCCCACUACUUACUCUGCUCUUGCGUCCCCAGAAGAAUUUCAAGAAGUUUCUCUGUGUGACUGCAUAGCUUUGUAUGUUGACGGCGCGGCUGAUGGCAUGCAGGCCGCUUGGAGUAUUGUAUUCGUCCAUUUUGACUCAGAUAGCUUGCCGUCCCUUCAAGGGUGCGUUGCAGAUCAAGUUGUGAUUGACACCACGCAUGACAAGUGGCUUGGCGCCAACCGCCCUGACAACAUUGCAGCAGAGGUGACUGCAGCUUGUGCCGCCAUGGCCGCGCAUUUCAAAGAAAAGGUUGCAGCUAGUGGCGGCAAGUGGACCGUGCACGAUGAGGCUACCGUGCGCAAUGAAGCAGGAUCAUGGAUGCGCCUCCUGCAUGAAUCCUUUGCUUGGUUGGCGCGAUUUAGCCAUCGCCAUUUUGGCCUCACCUCAGAUUCUACAUGGAUCGACUGGGUCACAGUCGCUCAACUUGACACCCGAUGGAAGGGCCAUCUUCGCCGAGCUGAACGAGCCUGCAAAGCUUAUCAUCACGCCAAUGCGCACACCGCGAUCUGGCAGAUGUGGAUCCAGCACUCCUUUCGGCACUUUGGGGUUGAGCCUUUUGCCGCCGAGCCUGAGGCAGUGGAAACGGAGCUGGCUGCCCUCAAUCGGUUGGAUUUUGUCUCAAAGGACGUUGUACAGCCUGACGUCUACUUUGA